AUGGAAUUCUUACAGCGGGUGUCACAGCAGUUAUUCGAGCUUGAAAACACAGAUACGGUUCAUGAUUUGGUGAUUUUAGGGAAAACUUACGCGGCUAUGGAGAAGGAUGGGUCUGAAAGCGAGGCUGGGUUAACAACGUCAGCGUCGCCGGGUGUUUUUGGGCAGCUGUUCAACAGAGACAAGGGCUGGAACCCUGAAUUCCUGGAACGAGUUCAAGAACUGGUGCAUUUCACGUACAGGACAAAGUUCGAGCCCAUACCUAAAGAUCCUGCGGGCCCAUCGCCGAUGAAUUUCGGCAUGCUCUUCAGGGAAAACCCGCUAAACUCGAUAGAAAGUGCCAUAAACCACCCCGACUGCUUUUGCAGCGAUAUCGGCUGGGGGUGCAUGAUCCGUACGGGCCAGGCGUUGCUUGGAAAUGCGCUGCAGCAGCUUCAAAAAUUGCAUACAAAGGGCGACAGUUUGUCGCAUCAGCAAACACAACAGGUCAUCGGCUGGUUCGAGGACCGGUACUCAGCACCCUUUUCGCUGCACAACUUUGUCAAGCAGGGUCUAAAACUGUCACAUAAGUCCCCUGGCGAGUGGUUCGGACCCUCGGCCACGUCACGAAGUAUCCAGAGUCUUGUCCUUGAUUUUCCCGAAUGCGGCAUCUCACAAUGUGUUAUUUCGACUGAUUCUGCCGACGUCUACGAAGAAGACUUGGAACCGAUCUUUGCGAAGGACCCAGAUUCUGUUGUGCUGUUACUCCUAGGAGUCAAACUAGGGCUAGAUAAUGUGAAUGCGCGCUACUGGAAUGACGUGCGGCAAAUUCUAAACUCUCACCAGUCAGUUGGCAUUGCUGGAGGGCGCCCUUCAUCAUCGCUCUACUUUUUUGGAUAUCAGGAUGAAUAUUUGUUUUACCUAGAUCCUCACACGUCGCAGCUGGAUCUUGCGUCGUUGAGUUCAUCCCAGGAAAAAUACAACUCUGUGCACUCCCACCGCUUCAACAAAAUUCACUUUUCAGAGCUUGACCCGUCCAUGCUAAUCGGCGUUCUCCUACGCGGCUCUGAAGGUUGGAAAACCUGGAAGCAAGAUGUUGCAGACUCUCAGAUUAUACAUGUCCUGCCUUCAAGACCGCAAGACUAUUUUCUCGAUGACGAUGGCGUUAUCAGCGAGCUUGAGGACGAAACCGAUCAAGUGGGUGCACGCGAUUCAACACUCGAUGGAGAGUAUGUAGAUGUGGCGCCAAUGUGUCAGCAGGCCGGCCUUUCGAACAACGAUGAUGAGUUCCAAGACGUUCAGUGCAAAAAUCAAAAAAUCCUCAUCUUUGGAGACCACGAUAGCACGGCUCCCGACACAGAGGUCGAGCGUGUACUCGUAGGGCAAGAAACCGUGCCGCUUGUGAUAUCCCAGGAGCCCAAAACAGCUAUAACUCCUGUCUUAUGA